AUGGCAGAGAAACUUCUCAGGGUGGCCCUGAAGGAGGACAGGGCUCCUCAGGAGAGCAGCUCUCCAGUGGAGUCCCAUGAGCUAUGCCUGGCCCAGCAACUGGAGAUGGAUGCCAGCUGGUUACCAGUGUACCAGCUGGAACCAGAACAUGUGGACGUCAUCCGGGCCUUUGUCAGCAGCCCAGAAAAGGACGAGGAAUGGAAGCUCCAGUUCCUUAAAAGCAUCGCUGUGCUCUUCAGAGCCGCAACGUACAACAGCUUGUGCCAGGGCCUAGAGCUGUUCUGCCAGAGAUACAAACUGGCAGAGAAUAUCAAGGUGCUGCUGGAAGAAGAGCCCAGGGACCAACUGCACACAGCGGUGUGGCGGAGCGCCAUGUUUGCCAUGACCGAAAUGAGCUUCGUAGAGGCGGUGUUGGAGGGCAAAGAGAUAGGCCUCCUCCAAGUGUGCUUCUCCGGCAUCUUCCUGCUUCCUCCAAAAGAGGAAAUGCAGGACCUGAAACCUUUCCUGUACUUCACGACCAUGAAAGGCAUGGACACCAUGCUAUCUGCACUGGUGCUCAACUCUCCUGCCUCCAGAGUCAACGAGAAGAUGCAGAGUAUCUUCCAGAUGCUCCUGACCUUCACCACCUCUGAGAGGGCAUCUGUGCGUGAGAGGGCCGUGGGCAGGAUGAGGGUGCUCAGCUUCUUGCUGGCCAACUACUCCUCACUGAAGGCCGAUCCCAAUGAGGAGAGACACGCCUCCCGUGCAGAGAUGCAAAUGCCAAUCAUUGGACAGCUGCUGGGACAUCUCCUGCUACUCCUCUCCUUCAAGGAAGAAGAGACCGGCCACUUGGCUUUGGACGCUCUUUGUCUCCUCUUCCAAUUCAAGUAUCAGCAACACUGUGCGACACUGACAGAGGAGAAUACACAGCUCCAAGGGGACUGGGAAGCCGAGACCACCUCCUUGCGCACUUCGCCCAGCGCCACUCACAUUAUCGAGUCCUUUGCGGAGUACCUCCAGCCUUCUGAGAGGUCAGACAUUGUCCGGGUGUUCAUCGAGGCAACGACCGACUCCAGCACCUUUGACAAGGAGGCGGCCAGAAACGUGCUGGACAUGGUCAGGGGAAACCCUGACUUGUGGCUGGUGGAUGUGCCAAAGAUCACGAGCUGCAUCCACAAAACCCUGGGAUGCAUCAAGUCGGUCCCAGCCCGGCAGAGCGUGGAGUCCCUAAUGGUCUCCAUGGCUGACAAAUGCCCUCAGGAGGUGGUGACAACACUGCUGCAGGUCGCUCCAGGAGGAGACAGCACUGCCCUGGCACUGUGGGAGGCGAUGUUCUCCGUGCCCCAGACUGUGCGGAACAUUUUGAAGGAGCUGCUCAGCCAGCUCUGGGACCUGAAGAGCAGGCUCUUCUGCACACACCUGGAGGACUACUGCCUCGUUCGCUUGGCCAUGCUGGCCAGCAGAGAUCUGGGAGACAGGGCGUUUGCUGCAACCUACCUAGACUUCAGGUUCCUGAAGGAAGAAAGGCCAGCCAUGCUCUCCCUGGUGCUCAGGGCCAUCAUGACACUGUCAGAGAGAGACGAGAUGGCAAGAAAAAUGAAGGUCAUCCUGCCAGACCUCAUGAGGGUUCUGCUGUUUGGCUAUAAGGCUGCCACCACGAAGGCUCUGCUGGUCUUCAGAACCAUCAUGGCUCAGCUGGAGAGGAGGGAGGCCAGCCACAUCGCCGUGCAGAUGGCGGAAUUCCUCCUGCCCCUCUUGGAUGACGAGCUGAGCCAGCUGAGAGAGAGCUCCAUCAGCCUCUUCAGAGACCUGAUGAUGAUGGCGGUGGGGAACGACAAGAGGGAGAUGAAGAACAUGGUGCGGCUUGGCCUGCUCCCUCUCUUCUUCCGGCUGAGUGACCAAACGCAGAGCGUGGCCAAGGCUGCUGGGGAAGCCCUUCUUGCUGCCGCAGAGCUCCUCAAGUGGAAACCACUCAAGCACCUAGUGCGGACACAGCAGACAUGGCAGAUUGGAGAGAGCUUGCUGAAGCAGGACAGGAGGAGAGCUCAAGAAUUCUUGAUUCAGAGCCUGUCGUACCUGAAGGAUGCUCAGGCCAGCUUGCGAGAGGCGGCCGUGAGGUUCAUCGGGCUCGCUGCACGGCACCUGAGGAAUCCAAGCAAGAAGAAGCUGGCUGAGAUCUGCAGCGCCCUUCAGACCUUGGCAGAAGACCAUGAGCCCUCCAUCCGCUCCCUGGUAGCUCAAACUGUCAUCAUCAUCCUGAGCUCUUCGAGGGAGCAGCCAAGGCCACGAUGGACCCUGCGAGCCCUGUGCUGCCGCUGAUGCUGAGCCGUGUGGAGGAGCAGCUCUUCUCAGGAGAGUGGCUGGAUUUUAAUAAAGAGCCCUUCUUGAAGCUGGGUUUGACAUCUGCCUUUUCCAAGGACCCCAGAACGUCUCUGAGUGCACCGGCACUUUGGAGAGCACAACCCAGAAUCACAGGCAAGGGUGAUGGAGCAGACAGAAGCACUGGCAAUGAGCCCGUCCAAGGCAGCGGAGAUGAAGUCCACUGGGCCCAUGGGGUUUGUUCUUCGAGUCACACGUGGAAAUAGCAGGCUUCUCUCGGGUGUCCACAUCUGAGCUGGCCUCAUGCACUCCUUAUGUACCCAGGGAUGCUCAGAGACAGAGUCUGCCCCUUUUACACACAGAGGCAGGAGUCACAGUGUCUCUCUCACCUGCUGUUGCCACUCCCAAAGGAUGGGAGGCACCUCAGCCCUGCAGUGUGUCAGCCUGCCUGCACUCAUCUCCGAUGUCCCAGCUUUUGCAUUUGCUAUGGUCAAAGCUGUAGCCCACAGCAGUCCUGAACAGGUAUCUAUGGACACAUGAAUGUACUUUUGUUGGCAAAGUGGUGCAAAUUCAGUAAUAUCAGUUUGCCAUAACUGACCUGGCUCAAGCCCCGAGGAUUUACUCCCUUUUGUUGGAGAGGCACUACGUGGGCACAAUCAGGACAAGCUGCAAUAACGGCUCAAGCUUGUUCCUAGGUAAGUGCAAGCUGUUUUCAGAGUGAUGCUGAGGAUUGAUGAAAGAAUUUGUGAGCUCGUCUGGCUUGUUCAAAAGGAGAUAUAUCCGUUACUGCCACAAGUUUGUCUAUAAUGCUGUUUCCCUCAACCAGACCACCUGGUAUGUUAGUAUGGCUUUUUAUAUGCAUUAUAAAUACUGGUGCUGUCCUAUAAUCUAACACAUUCCACAAAUCUAACAAUGCAACAAGGAGUUGGAAACUCGCUGCAAAAGAGUUCUAUGUAUUCUUUGUACAACUCCCACAACAUAAAGAGAAUCUGCUACCAGAUUAACUGGGCAGUUAUGUCAUUUUUGUAAUGCUGCUGAGUGUAUUGAGGGCAGUCUCUUUUAAGAUGUCCUGUCUGUCCACAAGUGAAACAUGCUAGGCCACAAGAAGAAGGGCUUCAACCUUUCAUUGCAGGCAUAAGUGCUGCAGCCAAGGCCACAGCGUGGGCUUGGGCAUGUAUUUUUGCCUUUUCUACCUCCUGUUGCAUAAUUGGUACCCGUGUGCAAGCUUCCACCAUCUCUGCUAGAGAAGCAGUUUUUCCCAAACCGGCUAACAUCUGUUGGCAUUGGGCGUUUGCAUUCAUCAUGGCCAAAUCUUUCCCCACAGACGCUUUUGCCUCUGGAGUCAGGUUAGGAGAGGUAUCUAUAGCUUCUUUUAAAUGGUCCACAAACUUCAUAUAGGGUUCCCCAGGAUCCUGCUUUAUUGUAGAACAGAGUGGCACAGGGUUACCUAUAUUUGGUAACUCUUUCACUGCUGCCAGAGCAAGCCCUUGUGUUUGCUGCAAAAUCCUUGGAUUAAGAGCUGCCUGAGUGGCACCAUCCGCAUAUCGCCCACGACCCAUUAACUGGUCCAUGCUGGCUAAUGGCAAUGGAUCAUCAGCUAGUAAAUGAACAUUUUCUAAUACUGCCAAUUCCACCUUCCCCUGCCACUUGUCCAACAACAGCAAAUAUCCCAUUGGAGGAAGCAAUAACACCAUCAAUGCCUUAAUAUCUGUUGGAGUUAGUACUUGCCCCUUGAAAAUUGAAUUGAUUAGCUGCAUCACGUGCUUAUUAUCCAUACCAUAUUGCAUAACUGCACUUUGCAAUUGCUUAACCGUUUUCCAAUCAAAGGACGACCACUGCCUUUGUCCUCUAUUAUCUAUGUGACUGGCAUUGCUAUAAUACUACCAAGUAACAUGAUCCCUUCAAUUGUUGCAUCUCUGAUUACCCCUUGCCGACGUUGCCCUGCAUUAUAAGGAUGAUCUCGAGGAAUAUAUCUACCCUGAUGCACAGGGGCAGCACCCAAAUUAUCAUUACUAUCACUGCUAUACAAUUCCCUUGUGUUUCCCUGUGGAUCAGUAAGUCAACGCAUAUUUGCAAACUGAUCUAACUCAAGUUUCCAGCCCUUUUCCAUAUCGCAAUCUCAAACAUUCAUCUACUUCUCUUACAAACCACAUCCCAUCUUAAACACAUUGUCUAGCCCAUUUUUGUAUUCGCUCCCUUUUAAUACGGAGCUCCUCAGGAGUGAGGUCUAAUUCCGCCCCCUCCCUUUCCUGUUUUCCCUGUUUUUCACAUUCCCUGACAAUUGCUUCCAGCCGGUCCUUAAUCACAUCUGACGCCUUUUUAUAUGCUAUUAACUGUGAGAUUUUACUGUUACCGCCAUCUAGUUGUUUCAUAGCUUUUAGAACUUCUUGCAUCUGGCUCUCCUGCCAUCUCAGUAAGUCCUUCAGGCUCUGCACGUGGCUCUCCUCCUGGAAGUCAGGGCGAUUCUGCGGUGCUUCAUCCUGUUGCUCCAUCGAGUCCUGGUCCGCUGGCAAUGGUACUUCAGCUGGAUUAACUUGUCUGGGCUUGUUGAAACCUGCUGGCUGCUGCCGUUCGUCAUCGGAGGCAGGCGAUGGCUCAAAGGGUGCAGAGUGUAUAAUUUGCUCUCCGCUCCAGAUCUCCAGAUCUGAUAUGGGACAUAACAGCAGUAUUGAUUUUUCGGAGUACUCAGAGGGGAUGCAGCUCGAGGUGGGCGGCUUUGGGGGCACAGCACACAACUCUGGCACCUCUGAGACUUCCUGCAUCAACUCCCUGACCUCCCGCCAAGGUCCGGCGAGGUCGCGAGCCUCGUGGGUCCCCCUUGCUACCGCUUCCAAUAGUUCGGUCCCUAUGUCCCCCCAUGUACCGGGAUUAAAAAAUCCGUCCGUCGAACGGACACACCCCUUCCACUGGGCGAAUCGGAGCAGGCGCUUUAACGCGUCUUUUUCAAAAUACCUUCCUGUUCGUGCAGACAGCUGCAGAAUACUUUUCAUUAUUAUUUUUUCUUCCACGGAUGCCGUGUUUCCUAUGUCACCUGCUUCUCCGUAGGCCUACUUUCCACUAUUCUUCGAGCGCUGGGCUGGGGUCGCCUACCAGGUGGCGUUCCUCGCGUUUUCACGUCCCAACAAUCUUGCUUCGGUACGAAGUAUCACGUCGGGGUCACCAAAAUGUUGCUUUUUCCAUGCGAGACACGGGACCGACACACCGAUGUGAUGUUCACGGAGUUCGCUUUAUUGUCGGACCGGGCUAGCUUUACAGCAAAGCUGCCCUGUCCACGUGCCCUACAACAACAUGACUGGUUGUAA